AUGGAUUAAGAAAUUGUUGAUUAACUCACACUAGAUUCUCUUCCUUACUACGAAGAAUAACUUUAUGGGGCUUUAUAAGUUAUAAUUGACUUAUAAUAGAAAGUGGAAUAACAUGAAAUGAUAUUAGAUGAUGUAUGAAUAAUAAUUCAAUAAAAAAAAGGAAAAUUUCAAUGAAAAUUAAGUAGAAGAAGUAGAAGGAGAUCUUCAAGAAAUAAUUUCAACUAUAUAACAAUAGUAGUUAAAGGAAUUGCAAGACAUUGACGAAAUAAGUUAAAAAUAAUAGGAUGACUUUGAUUAAUUAUUUAAAGUAUGAUGCCUAUUUCUAUUAGUAAUUGCAUGAGUUGGAAUAAUUGACUACUCAAUACUAAUAAGAAAAUAACUAAGAUGAAUAAUAUAUAAAAAUGACACAAAAAUUAAUUUUUGAAAGACAGUAAUAACUAAAAGAAUUAAGUGAAUAAUUCAUGAUGUAAGACAUUCAUAAUAAAGAAAAUCAAAAUAUUAUAUAAAACUAUCAAUAAAAACUGUAAUUGAAUACUAUAGUGAUACCUUAAGAUGGUUCUAAAGAAGAGAAAAUAGAAAUGAAUUAAUUUGCAGAUAUUCAACCUUAAGAAUUAGAAGAAGAUUUAAACUAUAUCUAAUAUCUUCAACUCACUGAUUAUAAAUAAAAACUUGAAUAAGAUUUAGAUCAAAUUGCUAAAUAGCCAAAAAUUGAUACGUAAAAGAUUGAUGCAUCUACCUAAACUUAUUAAUAAGACUUUUCAAUUCGACAUAAAAAUUUGGAUGAAUUCGCCUACUCUAGUAGUUGCGUUUAACCAACUUUUUCUUUAGAAAACACUCCAAGAACAAGUCAAAUGAUUUUGCAUUCUGCUUUAAAGGAAGAAAAACAAAAAAAUAGAGGCUGCUGUUCAGAUUGCAGAAUUUACUGA